AGACGUAGUGAAAUGUGGUCCGUAUAACCGAAGAAGGGGCAGAGGGAGGAACACGAUGGACACCCAUUUCGUUUUCUUCUCUAUAAAGACCUUCAAAGCUUCAAAGCUUCAAGCUUUCAGUGUCAAGACUCUCUAAAGUUCCAAGCUUUUUCGAUUUCCGAUUGGAAUUUCAGCUCUUCAUGUCCACCGAGGCAGAGCCGUCGUCGUCGACGUCGACGUCGGGGUUCAUGACCGACGGCCCUGAUGACGUGGAAGACUACAUUUCGGCUAAUGAAGGAGAACCGGCAUUGCCCUGGGACAUAUUUAGUCAUGUUUUUGAUCUUGUGCAGAAGGGAAACCAGGCUUUUCGAGAGAACCGAUUUGAGGAGGCAAUUAGUUGCUAUUCAAGAGCCAAUUACAUUAAACCAUGUGACCCUGUUAUUCUUGGCAACCGAACUGCUGCUUAUAUCAGGAUCAGUAAAUUCCUUAAACGCAUACCGGCGUCGGCUUCUGAAUAUAGAGCACGGACUGGAUUGGAUCCUACAAUACAUGCUGAACUUGCUUUAAAGGAUGUGGAGAAGCUAAUCAACCUCCGAAGUAAUUCAGCAAAACCAUACAUGUUGAAAGCUGAAGCUCUAAGUUUGCUGGAGAAAUAUGAAAUGGCCCGGGAUAUUAUCUUAUGUGGUCUUCAUGUUGACCCUUUAAGUAGCAAUCCUCUUCGGACAGCUCUUCAGAAUUUGGAGAGUAUACAAGUUAGCAUGACAGGGAAGAUAAGCCAUAGUAAACCAGAACGAAAAGCAGAACGCAGCGAUGAUUUUGAUUGCACGUUAUGUUUCAAGUUACUCUAUGAACCUGUGACAACGCCUUGUGGACAUUCCUUUUGUCGAUCAUGCUUAUUUCAGUCAAUGGAUCAAGGUAACAAAUGUCCAUUAUGCCGAACCGUUCUGUUCAUUAGUCCUAGAACAUGUGCAAUCAGUGUGACACUUAACGACAUUAUACAAAAGAACUUCCCAGAGGAAUUUGCUGAAAGGAAGUCAGAGAAUGACACAAUGACAAACUUUGGUGCUGAUUUGAUGCCACUCUUUGUAAUGGAUGUUGUCCUUCCUUUUCAGAAGUUUCCACUACACAUUUUUGAGCCUCGAUAUAGACUUAUGGUGAGGAGGAUAAUGGAAGGCAACCGUCGGAUGGGAAUGGUCAUCAUCGAUUCUACAACAGGUUCCAUAGCUGAUUUUGCUUGUGAGGUGGAAAUUACUGAGUGCGAACCGCUUCCAGAUGGGCGUUUCUAUUUAGAGAUUGAAAGUCGCCGAAGGUUUCGCAUAAUUCGAUCUUGGGACCAAGAUGGGUACCGAGUUGCAGAGAUUGAAUGGGUACAGGAUAUAUGCCCACCAGAAGGAUCUAGUGAGAGAACAGAAUUGCAGGAAUUGACGAAUAAUGCAGCAGAAUAUGCUCGCUUAUGGAUAGGGCGCGGUAAAAGAGCAGCAAGUCGAGAUCGAAGACGACUUGAGAAACUUCUCAGUGUAGAAGCAAUGAUGCCAUCAGUUCAAGAUCCUGAGCGCUUCAGCUUCUGGCUGGCUUCCCUUUCAAACCGACGUCCUCACGAAAGAUUGGAUCUCUUAUGCAUGAGAGAUACAAAAGAGAGAAUACAACGGGGACUAAUAUAUCUCAGAGCAGAAGAGCAAGGUUGUCAAGUGCAAUGAGAAAAGCUGUAACGGGUCGGUUCUUCAUUACUGUUAUUGAAAUAUAUUUUAGAAUGUAUACUCUCUGAUACAAACAAAUUGUAUACGCCAGAUUUCAACAUUCUUUGAUCCGCCAAAUGUUGGUGGAUCCCUGUUCUUUGUUGUAACUUAUCGGGGUUAGACCCAUAUCAAUAAAAUCCAAUAUUUACACCAGCAAA